AGGCCCCGCCUCCUACGGCCCCGCCCCUCGCGCCCGCUUUUCCCGCCUCCGCCGGGGCUGAGCGGCGGUCCGGGUGACAGUUGAGGAUGGCUGGAGCCGAGGGGACCGCGGGGCGGCAGUCGGAGCUGGAGCCCGUGGUAUCGUUGGUCGAUGUACUUGAGGAGGACGAGGAGCUGGAGAAUGAGGCGUGCGCCGUACUAGGCGGCAGCGACUCCGAGAAGUGCUCCUACUCGCAGGGCUCAGUAAAGAGACAAGCACUGUAUGCCUGUAGUACUUGCACCCCAGAGGGAGAAGAACCAGCAGGAAUUUGCCUAGCUUGCAGUUAUGAAUGUCAUGGAAGUCAUAAACUAUUUGAGCUAUACACAAAAAGAAAUUUUCGUUGUGAUUGUGGAAACAGCAAGUUUAAAAAUUUGGAAUGCAAAUUAUUUCCUGAUAAAGCAAAGAUAAAUUCUAGCAAUAAGUACAAUGACAACUUUUUUGGAUUGUACUGCAUUUGCAAGAGACCUUAUCCUGAUCCUGAGGAUGAGAUUCCCGAUGAGAUGAUCCAGUGUGUAGUCUGUGAAGACUGGUUCCAUGGAAGGCAUCUUGGUGCCGCCCCCCCUGAGAGCGGGGACUUCCAGGAGAUGGUGUGCCAGGCUUGCAUGAAACGCUGUUCAUUCUUGUGGGCUUAUGCUGCGCAGCUGGCCGUAACCAAAGGAACUGCGGAAGAGGAUGGGUUGGUGUUGAAUGUUGAUGGAGUAGGAGAUCAGGAAGCUCUCCAGCCUGAAAACGGGGCUCAUCAAGAUGGUGCCCCUAAAGAGGAUGUUUCGGAACAUGGACAGGCGGCUGUGAGGGCAGUGAAAGCAGAGCCGACGAACGAACCGUGCACCAGCUCUAGUUCUGAAUCUGACCUCCAGACAGCAUUUAAGAACCAACAUCUCAACACAGAAUCACAGUCUGGCUGCAAACUUCAGGAGUUUAAAGCUAAGCAGUUUAUAAAGAAAGACACUGCCACCUAUUGGCCCGUGAACUGGCGUAGCAAGUUGUGUACCUGCAAGGACUGUAUGAAAAUGUAUGGCGACCUAGAUGUCCUGUUCCUGACAGAUGAAUAUGACACAGUUCUGGCUUAUGAAAACAAAGGCAAGGUUGACCAGGCAGCUGACAGGAGGGACCCUUUAAUGGACACUCUUAACAGCAUGAACAGAGUCCAGCAAGUGGAACUUAUUUGUGAAUACAAUGACUUGAAGACUGAACUUAAAGACUAUCUCAAGAGAUUUGCUGAUGAAGGCACAGUGGUUAAGAGAGAAGACAUCCAGCAGUUCUUUGAAGAAUUUCAGUCAAAAAAGAGAAGAAGAGUGGAUGGGAUGCAGUAUUAUUGCAGCUAGAGGGGAGCAAGGCGCCUUCUCAUCCAGGCCAAUGAAGAUGCCACUUACUGGCCCGGGAAUAAAAGAGGCGUAUUUCACCUUUGGUCCUCUCUCCGUCUCUCCCUGGAGAGGCCUCCUCCUCCAGCCUCGGGCUUCCUUCACUCUCCUUAACAACAGUAGCCACAGUGUUUGUGCUGAUUUCAUAACCAGCAUUCUUCUUUCUGACUCAGCUAAGUGCAGCCCAUUCCACAGAGUCCAGCCCCCACCCCCGUCUAGCCGGGGUUCUUUGCUCAUAACUUUAAGAUGUUUGAUUUGGUUUUGAGAAAGUAAACCAGUUUAUUUUUUCCCGAUGAUUUGUUCUUUAGCUCCCAAAUGUGUCUGCUCCGCCACAGAGCCGCCGUCUUCCAGGACCUGCUCUGCGGGGCCCUGCACUUCCCUGCCUCCAGCUCCACCCUCCCUGGACCUCCGCGCCCCCUGAUCGCGGUGCCUUGGGUCAGAGCCUCCUCGAGCCCGGGCUGCUCCUUCUGCCACAUCCCCGCCUCCCGAGCGAGGUUCGUCAUGGCCCAGAAGGGGUGUCCGAGCUCGCUGCCUCCGGGCCUCCCCUCCUGAGGAGCCAGGACUGAUGGCUUUCUGGCCUAGAUGGCUGUCACCCGCAGGGAGAUUGGCUGAUGGCGGGUUUGAGCAAGCCAACCUUUGUUACAAAUUUUACUAAACAAUUUGAAGUGAAGAUUUCAUUCGCCCUCUCCUGGCACUCACGUUAGGGCGUCAGUACUGUCGUGCUCGCAGGGCUUCCUCCAGGAAAUUGCCGCUGUGCUAGUUCUUCUCUGCUGCCUCGAAAAUAGACCAGGUACUACCCUGUGAAAUCUGGGCUGUUUAUAAAGUCCUCUGGGUUUCUUUAUAGUAUCAGGGAUAUUCAUAAGCGUAUAUUAAAAGCAGACCUAUUUUGAUAGUGUUUUGUUAAGAAAAUGUAAUUAGAACUCCCCCAAAUUAGUAUUUUUCCCCUCACAUCUGUACUGGGGAAAAAAGAUACUGGCUUGGCCUACUUGUGAGCAGGGCAGCGAGCGCCCUGCUUUGGGAGAGGCGGACAAGGCCCUGGGCUGCGCAAGUGAUGAGCUUUCUGUAUAUAAAUGUUCCUGUCCACAGCGGAGUCCCUAGGGACCGGGAGGCCUUCUUUGGAAGACCCUCUUAGGAUGUUGUGUAACACCCCGCACUUGAGGGGAAGCCUUUCCAGGUAGCUUGAAAUCUCUUUAAGUCAGUCCAUGUGGAAAACACCUUUUGAUGUAAACGAAGAGCCCUCUGUUGCCCUCUCCCUCUAGAGCAAAGUGGUCUUUCCUGACCGUAGACCACACACUUUGAGGUCCGUGACUAUAAGCAUUUGAGGCCUUGGGGCCGCAAGUGUAUAUUAAUACUUUUUGUGUGCCCAGCAGUCACGUGCCGGUGCCCACCGACCCCUGGAUGAGGUGAACUAGGCCCACAGAAAGUCAGGGCCUCAAAGAACUGGUACAGUCCGUGUUUCUCUGCAUCAACCCUCCCAAUUAAAGAUGCUCACGAAGAGUGAUGUGUGGAGCUGGCAGGUCUUGUGGCCACAGGAGAUGCUUGUGUGCCCUGAGCCGGCCUUGGAGAAAGGGCGAGAGGCCCAGGGCAUCUUGGAAAUGGUUCACAUUCCGGCUUAGGAACUCUGUUCCAAGUCUGAGGAUUCUUGAAUUUUUUGAACCCCUCUGCAAGGUGGUGCUAGUUGUGUACCAUUGUGGCUGAAGGUUUCUAUCUCCACAGACAUUUGACGUAACUCCCAGAAAGUUCCUUGCUUCUUAGGACAGGUCAGGACCUGUCUGGGAGGCGAUGCAUUACCGUGCAGAACAGUAACAGAGGACCCAGUGCCGAAGGGCUUGUCUUAGGAAAGUACUGCUCCUUUACAUUAACCAGGAAACCUCUUUUUUUUAAUCUGUUGUUCACAACUCGUUUUCUUAUUGACUGUAUUGGACCGUCUCUUCUUGUAGAGACUGAUUUUGGCCAACAUGUGGCAGUUGAUAUUAAUGCAUGUUUUAUGCAGAACAAGAAUAUGAUAUUAGUUGCUUUUAAGGAAUUCUGGCAUUGUAUGUGCAUUUUUGUAGAAUUGUUACUGGACUUAUAAUUAUAUACUUAACUCUAAUCAGGUUUCUGUAAAAUUUAAAUAAAACCAAUUCAAAAUAU